UGACAAUUACUGAGUAAUUGCUUUGCUUAUUGCAUGCUAAUUGCUGAAAAUUGCUUUUUAUUUUAAAUUCCUUAGCUAAAAAUUGCUUUUUCUUUCACAUUUCUCUGCUUAUUGAAUGACUAUUGCUAACUCAUUAGAUAGAACCUACUUCUCAUAUAAGUAGGUGGAUGCGGCCUCGAUUAGCGGGGGAACCACAUGAAAAAAAGCGAGCUACUGGGUGUACCUCCUGGGUAGUUUGGAAAUCACCUAAUAUAUAUAUGUAUAUAUUUAUAAAUAAAAGUUAAUAUAUAUAAAUUAACAUUAUUUUUUUUUAACAGGAAAUGCACAAUGCUAAAAACUGCGUAGGAGAUUUUAAUACAAUAGUACUACCAAGCCUGAUGUUGGCCGCUAUUUCAAUGAAUGCAGCAGUGUGACAGCUAGCAAUCAAAAGUAACAAGAUAUCGAGGAAAUGCAGAUGGCAAUAAACUGUGUAGGAGUUCAUGAUUGCAAUAGAAUAAAAUCGACCAAGCCUGAAGUCAGCAGCCCCCCUUCAAUGAAUGCAGCAGUGUGACAGCCAGCAAUCAAAAGUUACAAGAUAUCGAGGAAAUGCAGAUGGCAAUAAACUGUGUAGGAGUUCAUGAUUGCAAUAGAAUAAAAUCGACCAAGCCUGAAGUCAGCAGCCCCUUCAAUGAAUGCAGCAGUGUGACAGCCAGCAAUCAAAAGUUACAAGAUAUCGAGGAAAUGCAGAUGGCAAUAAACUGUGUAGGAGUUCAUGAUUGCAAUAGAAUAAAAUCGACCAAGUCUGAAGUCAGCAGCCCCUUCAAUGAAUGCAGCAGUGUGACAGCCAACAAUCAAAAGUUACAAGAUAUCGAGGAAAUGCAGAUGGCAAUAAACUGUGUAGGAGUUCAUGAUUGCAAUAGAAUAAAAUCGACCAAGUCUGAAGUCAGCAGCCCCUUCAAUGAAUGCAGCAGUGUGACAGCCAACAAUCAAAAGUUACAAGAUAUCGAGGAAAUGCAGAUGGCAAUAAACUGUGUAGGAGUUCAUGAUUGCAAUAGAAUAAAAUCGACCAAGCCUGAAGUCAGCAGCCCCCCUUCAAUGAAUGCAGCAGUGUGACAGCCAGCAAUCAAAAGUUACAAGAUAUCGAGGAAAUACAGAAGGCAAAGAAGCAGAUGUCAUCAAAGAAGAUCUUUGUUCCUGCAAUGUUUCCGCAGACGAUACAACCAACAGAGCGAAGUGGAAGGAAAAGACUCGGAAUAAAGACCCCACCACCAUAUGGGAACAAUGCAAGGGAGAGAGAGAGAAUAUAAUGUUAUAUUUUUAUUUUUUGAUAACAUAAAAUAAA